AUGAUCUCCUCGGGUUGGAUGCAAGAAAUGGAGCCGAUACCCGAAGAGGGCACCGAGGCAGAUGGCUCCGAGUGGGGUGCCACGUCAGACGGAGGCACCGGGAAGAGGACGAUGCGGAAGAAGGAGGUGUACACCUCCGAGCAGAUUAAUACACUUGUUAGUUUCCAAAUAUCCAAGUUAAAAGUUUCUCCGACUAUGAGAUUCAAAUUUCUUAAGUUCAAAGACCACGUCAUCACCCACAAUAGUGGUUCAUCAGAAUUUUCGGAACUAGAAACUUUUGUUACAAUAAUCUAA